AUGACAGAAUCACCACAUGCAUCAUUGAGUUCAUUGGCUCGUCCAGUAACCUUCAAUCUUGCUACUGCAACAGCAAACACUUCACACAGUGGCACUAAUUUGAGGCCAGCCCUCAAGAUUUAUUCUAAUUAUGAAACGACAGCAUCUACUCAUUCAGGAGAUGAUGAAGAUGCAGUCUCUGCUCAACCAACAUCUGUGGAGGAGGGUUCAACUGCUGAUAAGAUCUCCUCUAAUCAAUUCACUGAGGAAUACAUUGUUCCAUCACUUAAAUCGAUAAGAACACAUCCAUGGGAUGAUUUACCACAUGUUUCGAGUUUAUUAAUCUUUGGUAUCAUUCAACCAAUACAAUUUAUUGCACUUUCUUUCAUUCCCAUUGAUCAGUGGGGUUCCAUCUCACGAUAUAUCAUAGAUUAUGGCAUCAAGAGCAUGUAUACAUUCGGGUUACACUUACUGCCCUACGAAGGAUCAGCAGCCUUUCUCUUCAUCUUUCUGCUUUUGGAAAUGUUAUGUGGAAUAGCUCUUUAUUUGUCCAAAGAAUCUAUAGGCAAAGAUGCCAAGCUUUGGAAAUUAAUGCCAAAGAUAUAUACUUACAUGACCUUUCUGUGCACUGUAUUGUACCUCCCAAUAACGAGUAUUUAUUCAACCUUCUGGUCAUGUGAUUAUGUCCACGGAAAGAAGGAAGUUCAAUCUGAUAUUACAUCAACAAUAACGACCAAUUAUUAUUUGAAAGUUUACCCAGAUGUGGAGUGUUGGGAUACUCCUAACCUUGUGUUUUCAAUCUUUUCCAUGAUUGGACUGAUUUUUCACAUUGUGGCAAUUCCAGUUUUGUUCACAUUGACGGUGGCCAGUCCUUCCAUUAUUUUAGUUCCAACAAAGAUAAGGACUGCAUGGUGGCACAGAGUCAUCAAGAAGGCAUUCUUCAAUACACUGCGUCCUAUUGUUCCUGUGGCUGUGUCCAUAAUGAGUGGAUUUUAUAUUGUGUUUCAACAGAUGGUACCCUCGUACACCGAGUUUUCAUUCCUCUAUCCAAGUGUAAUGAUAGCAAUAGCCAUAGCAUCAGCUGGAAUAAUAAUAUACACGCUUCCUUAUCAUCGCCCUAAAGAAAACAGCUUUCAGUUCGCUGUAAACUUGGCAAAACUAGGGCCAAGUUCAGUAAUGCUCAUUUGUUCACUUCAAAAUACAAUUUCGGAUGUCAAUCACAUCAGUGGAACGCUUUACCAAUGGGAAGCUGGUUUAAUUUAUCUGGGAACUUCUCUAGCUUCUUGCCUUACUAUUUUCCUGUUUGCCUUUUUUGGAUGUCAAGCUUAUCAGAAAAUUUACAUUGAAAAAUUGGCAAAACAAUUGAAUGAGAAGAUUUCGGAAAAUUCUGGUGCCUUUUCGAAUGAUUUAUUGGAAGAUAUUGGUGAAACUAAUAUGGGAAGAGUUGCACAAUUCGCCUUAAAUGUCGAUGAGAAGGCAAUUUCCAAAGUUGACAUUGAACUGUUGGUAAUUUCUAAAAAGAUUAUUACCGAAAUGAAACGAAACAAAUUGACACCAACGGAUACUUUCUUUGCAAGCUCACUUUCCUGCUUGGUUAUUAAAUUAUUCAAGGAAAAGGAUCCAAGAUAUGGAAUCAUGUAUUCUUUACAAUUACUUUCAGGUCAAUUGAAAAGAAGAAUCAAUAUUUGGGAUCGUUUAGUUAUUUCUUUACAAAAACAUGAGAAAGAUGUUUUGAAGAAACGUGAAGAAAUCAAGCCAGGUUCAAGAAAAGCCGAAGAGAUUGAUAAGAAAAUAUCACAACUCUACAAGAAGCAAACUCAGCUUUCUAAUUUGCAUAGAAAUUAUUGGAAACUUGUUUUGAAUGAGAAUAGCGAUGAUUCGAAUGCCAUUCUUCAAGUUUCUGAUGAAUUGUACAUUUUGCAAAAUGAAACUAGAAGCAUGUUUGAAGAACUCUUCUCCCAACACUCAACCAGUGUCACAGUUUUAAGAAACUAUUCACGUUUCGCUGAAAAAUUCCUAUUCCAACCUGAACUUGCAGAAGAUUUACAAGCUGCUGUUUUGGAAGAGGAAGAAGAAAACAAUAGAAAGAAGCAAGCAUUCAAGGGUGGAAGAAGAGGAAGUAGAGCAGUACCUGGUUUCCAACAAGAAACCAUUGAUUUGAGUAAAUUUGACGAUUUGGACGAACUGCCAGAGGAAGCCGAAUGUUUAGAAGAAGAGAAUAGAAAACAAAAGGAAGGAAAUAAGAAUUUGAUCAACAAGCAUCCAGAUUUCACAUGGUUAUUGAUUGUUAUUUUGAUUAUUCCAUGCUAUGUCAUUUUGGGAAUCACCGGAGGAUUAAUAGCAGAGAUUAUCCAAGGAACUUCCACAAAAGGAAGUUCUACCAAAGGUUUUGAAUCCAAAGUUUGGAUGUAUUAUGAAUUAUGUGAUGCUGCAAAUGUUCCUUUCUAUGUCCUUGUAGACUAUAGAGCUUUACAAAAGUUGAAACUCUUCUCUGGAAACACUGCAUACAUUACCAAAUUAGAAAAAGAUCACAAGGAGAGAUUUUCCUCGUAUAGUCAAAGAAUGAAGAGUAUGAUGUUGGAUUAUUCAUCAAGUACUGACAAUUUAAUCAGUGCUGUGGUCAAGGGCUAUCAGCAAACCUACUAUGAAGUUUACAUUCCAAAAGCAGUUUCUAAUGCCUCAUCAUUUCAAGAAGGAACCAAGAAGAAAGUGACCUUAUCCGAAAUCUACUCCAUGAUGGCUGUUCAAUUGGAAAAUAUCGUUCAACAAGAUGAUAGUAUGAGUUUGAAAACAAUUGAAAACUUUCCAUUCAUGUUCUUUUGGGAAAAUCGAGAAAUUAUGCCAACAAUAAUUUCCAAUUUUUGUUCUACAAUUAUUGAAGAUCACAGAAAUUUGUUAAUUGACCAAUUGAGAGAUUUCAUUUUGGGUAUGUCAAUAGCCAUGGCGAGCUUUAUGAUGGUAGCUUUUGGUAUCUUUGGUGUCAUUAUUUACAAAUUUAGAGAUCGUCAACGUUUAAUCAAUUUAUUCAAGAAAUUGCCAAAGGAUGAAGUUGGACGAAUCUAUCAAGAAUUGAAGGCUGGAUGCUCCAACGAUAAGCACUCACUUUCCAAUGAUAAGAAACAAUUUAUUCUCACUCGAUUCUUAAGAAAUCCAGUUUAUGCCGUUCCAUCUCUUCUCAUGCUUUCAUUUGCUAUUGGCGGAAUUGCCUUCUCUGUCUUUAUUUACGAUUCCACUAAUAACAUGAAUCUACAGUAUAGUUCCAUGUUGAAAUUGAGAAAUUCUGUUGAUAUCCAAGUUGAUUACCAUAAGGGUUUGUUCAAUUUGGUCGAGUUGAUUAGUGGAGAUAGUUCACUACCAACAAAUAGUUCACUUGUUUAUAAUGAAGUGACGAAUAGUAUGAGAGGAUUGGUAGAUAACUUUUUAGUUUUCACAAGAGGAGAUAGUCAGAAAGGUUACAACCCAAUCAGAAGUUUCAGCACAGAUAUUGAAAUACUCAUGAUUUCGAAUACUUGUUCCAAUAAUUUUACUUCUAUCAAUAGAACUAUUGGAUCAAAUACUACUUCAACAACAUUGCCAGCUUCAUCUAAAACAUGGAAUUCUAACUUUACACUCUCUCAAAAUUUGGAUUUCUUCUCUUGUCUUUCGAUUGAAGACCUAAUGUCAUAUAUUUUAUCUGGAAUGGAACAAUUCAAGGAAGAAUCUUUCAAGAAUAUUCGUACUUCAGGCUAUUUUAUUGAAACCUUCUUCAAGGAUCAUGUUUCCUUGAGUUUAUCCUUCAGAGCAAAGGUCGACAAGGUUUUACUCGUUCUAGUAUCUGUCAUUGAUAACAUUGUGUCAAUUACUCCAAGUUUGACAGCUUGUUUAAUGAUUGUUGUCUUGUGUAUGCUCAUUAAUUACAUUGUAUUUACUUCAUGGAAGGUCUACACAUCUGAAAUGACCCAACUUCGUCACAUGUUUCAUUUCAUUUCUUGGGAAACAAUCGAAAGCAACGAAAUCUUCCUAAACUAUAUAAUGAACUAUGAAUUAGUCAGAAAAAAGAAAGGUUCAAGAAUUCAUCCUGGAGAUGAAGGUGCAGAUAGUGAUAGUACCACCAUGCUUAAGAAAGUUUUGGAUAGUUGUGUUGAUGGAGCUGUUAUUUUCAAUCAGGAAGGAAUUGUGGAAAAUAUUAAUCAAGUUGCCUUGUCAAUGUUUGGAAUUAGAUCUCAAUCUGAUGUUGUAGGAACUGAAUUUUAUGGACUUUUCCAAUCUAAAGAUGUCAUUGCCAAGACAAUUAGUGACAUUUCCAAGUCAGCUAAUUCUCAUGGUGAAAUUCUUGAAGUUGAAGCUAAAAGAUCUCAAAAUAUGCUCAAUUCCAAGACAUUCCCUGUAAGACUGAAUUUAUGUGUUGCAUUUUCUGGUGGAAAGAGCAAAAAGGUCACAUUUGCUGGUAUUUUAAGUGAUGUAACAUCAGAGAAGAAAUCUCUUGAAUUGCUAAAUGUGGAAAAGAAAAAGUCAGAAGACCUGUUGAAGAGUAUCUUCCCAGAAGCUGUUGCUGCUCGUUUAAAGAAAGGAGAUACCUUCAUUGCUGAGAAGUUUGAUGAUAUUACUUGUUUCUUCUCAGAUAUGGUUGGUUUUACCAAAAUGAGUAGCACUUUGCAACCAACUGAACUAGUAGAAAUGUUGAACGAUUUAGUGAAUGGUUUUGAUGAAGUGUGUACAAAGUAUAAUUUGGAAAAGAUUAAGACUAUUGGUGAUGCUUAUUUUGCAGCUGGGUAG